UUAUAUUUAAAAAUAGCCUUUUGGUUGUUCGUGUCCUUCCAAUCCUCAAUUUUGAAAUUCUCAACACUGUAAAAUGAAAAACAUUGUUCUGCUGAACGGCUCAUCGCACCCGCAGCUGGCCAAGAAGAUCAGCGAGUGCCUCGGCGUGGAGCUGUCAUCGUGCACGCUGGGCAAGUUUUCGAAUCAGGAGACCAAUGUCGAAAUCAAGUCGUCGGUGCGUGAGAAGCAUGUAUAUAUCAUCCAGAGCGGCUGUGGGCGCGUCAAUGACAACGUCAUUGAGCUGUUUAUUCUCAUUCAGGCGUGCCGCAUGGGUAGCGCCAAGCGCAUCACGGUGGUCACCCCGCUGUUCCCCUACUCACGGCAGUCAGAGAAGUCGCAGAGGAAGCGCCUUCCACAGCACCAGAUUGGCUCUGAGAUUAUGAACUCGCUGACGCAGCACAGCGGGUCCAGCCCAUCAUUGCCCCAGGGCUCGUUUGCCCAGAGCUUCAUGGGCAUGAGCAUGGGCGAGAGCGGAUACCGUCAGUGGUGCGCUCGCGCCGGCACGCUGGUCGCCAACCUGCUGCAGGCUGCGGGCGCCGACCACCUCAUUGCAAUGGACCUGCACGACCCGCAGUACCAGGGCUUUUUCCAGAUCCCGGUCGACCUGAUCUACGCCGAGCCGUGCAUCAUCCAGUGGAUCCGCAGCGAAAUCCCCAACUGGCGGCAGGCUGUGGUUGUGUCUCCGGACGCCGGCGGCGCAAAGCGCGCGACGUCGAUCUGCAACAAGCUUAAUCUGGACUUUGCGCUCAUCCACAAGGAGGAUUUGGCAAACACCAAGGAGAGCAUGGGGCUUGUUGGCGAGGUGCAGGGCCGCCCGACCAUCAUCCUCGACGACAUGAUUGACAGCGGAAGCACCAUCGGCCUGGCGUCGGAGAUUCUCAAGCGCCAUGGCGCAACUGAGAUCUACGCAAUUGCCGUGCAUGGAGUAUUCUCGGGCCCUGCUUUGGAGAUUAUCAACAGGUCUCCAGUGACGGCCGUCGCCUGCACAAACACUGUCCCGCAGGAGGAGUUCAGGAACAAGUGCCCCAAGCUCAAGACCAUCGACAUUGCACCGAUGCUCGGCGAGAUCAUCAGACGCACGUUCUACGGCGAGUCUGUGAGCCAGCUUUUUGUCCACGAUGAGCAGGCAUAGUAGCUAUAUACUUUUAUUUUUAUCUAAAUC